AUGCCAGGCGGGGACGUGGCCCUGGGAGGGAUGGGGAAGGUGUUUUCUCAGAUCCUAGUAAACGUGGGCAAUUUUUUCACGUUGGAGUCUGUCUUUGUAGCACCAAGAAAAGGAAUUUACAGUUUCAGUUUUCACGUAAUUAAAGUCUAUCAGAGUCAAACAAUUCAGGUUAAUUUGAUGCUAAAUGGAAAGCCAGUCAUUUCUGCUUUUGCUGGGGACAAGGAUGUCACACGUGAAGCUGCCACAAAUGGAGUCCUGCUCUAUCUGGACAAGGAGGAUAAGGUUUACCUCAAAUUGGAGAAAGGUAAUCUGGUCGGUGGAUGGCAGUAUUCUACGUUUUCUGGCUUUCUGGUCUUUCCCCUGUAAAGUCAAUUUUCCUGUGAUAUUCAUCCAGAUGUGGACUCAUCAUUGCCCCCGUUACAUGAAGAGCAUUUUAUCAUCAUGGGAUUGAUGUUUCUUUAUUGUUUUUUUCAUGGGUGAAUAUGGAUUCUCUUUAUGGAUUUUGGCCCCAUCUGAACUACUCAGAAGUUUCACAGAAUUUUGUGUGUUUAAAUACAAUAUAUUUGGAUUGGGACUAAAGCAGACAAUAAAUAUCUAUGCUUAAUGUUACAGUCUAAAGCUGCCUGCAAAAUCUGUUCUGAUUUCAUUUACUGGACUUAUUGGAUUCAUGGGAGAAGUGGAUUUUCUUUAAUUAUGAAAAAACUGGCAACCAGGUCUAUAUUUAGCAGAGUUUGAGUUCAGACUUCAAUCAAGAGUUAGUGUGUUGCUGCCAAAGAACUGUAUAUUGGUA